UGUAAACUUAACACCCGGAUUUGAAUAGCAUGGAAAUGGCUGAUUCGCGUGGUCCUCUGUUGGAUACACCGUUUGUGGGCGAAGCAGGUGUCUAUGUUGAUGAGUAUGAUGAGGUGAAUGUUGGAGAUCUGGAGGGAGAUGAAUAUGUGGAGACACAACCCCCCAUGAAACAAUUGUAUAUUCCAUUUGACCUGACGGAGGCUAGUGAAUUGUUUACUUCUGUUGCACAACCAGUAGACUCGGAAUCUUUCUCUGAAGCCAUUCUACAGCGAAGCGAGCAGAUUACUCCAUCAGCAGAUGAGCAGGCUUCAGUCAAUUCAUUAACAGCAAAAGUAACCUCCGUCUUAGAAGCCAUGUCCAUUAGACAAGAGCUAGUGGAUGGCAUGGGUGUUGAGGAGAUUAGAUCAGUUGGUGCUUAUAAGAAAGGCACACAGUUAGCUGGAGAUAUGACCGCUGAAGUGGCGGUGAUUUUGAAGAAUUGGCCGACAUACACUGCAGUUGAAGAGAUGGCACAACUCUUGAAGGAACGCGUGGCCUCCAAAGAUACACAAAAUGAAUAUGUAGUGGAUGUCACUGAGACAAGCAUUACAGUGUGCGACGGCAUUGCUCAAGUGACCAUCAUGGUAAUGUGCUUUCCUCAGUCAGUCCAAGAGAACCAAACCGAGGACACACAUCAGUCUGAAAAUCGAGUGCCAUUGGCUGAUAUUGACUCGGGGCUGGCUGCCAUUCGUCACACUCGCUGGUUUGAUGAGAAUGUUAUACACACCAGUGUGAAGAUUCUGGCACGGCUGCUGAAGGACUUAUGUCAGAGGAUAACACAACUGAGACAUCUUAAUGACUGGCACUGCGAACUUCUGGCCCACUUUUGUGUCCUACAACAUUCAAACAACCAACCAUUACCAGUAACUGUUGCAUUCAAGCGUUUCCUUCAGUUGAUGAGUGCAGGCUUUUUCCUACCUGAUUCUGUUUGCAUUGAUGACCCUUGCGAAGCCGACGACUUGAAGGUUCAUCAAAACUUGACGUACGAUCAGAUGGAGGAGGUCACGACAAUUUGCCAGUGCCUGUUGAGAUUGCUCACAUAUGGCGCACACAGAGAGAUACUCGGUGUCGAGCCGGGCUUCAGCCUGGAUUUUAGUUCUACUAUUGAGUAUGGAGGAGUGACAAUAUCACCACCUCAACAUGUACUACCGCCUACGCAGAUCGUCACACAGUAACGAGUCUGUAAGGUCGAGUGACACAAGGUGUAGAUUCAUGGCAUGUACAU